AUGUCCAGCGAUCCCUGGUGCAUAAUUGGCGACUUCAAUGACCACCUAUCUCCGGAAGAUAAACGAGGUGGCCCUUCUCGUACUGCCUGGCUCAUUAGAGGAUUCCAACAGGUGGUCACCGACUGUAAUUUAUAUGAUCUACCUCUUCUUGGCUACCAAUUCACUUGGUUCAAAAGUAUCGGCACCGCUUCUUCGAAGGAAGCCCGUUUAGAUCGUGCUCUUGUUACUUCCUCCUGGCAUGAUCUCUACCUGAAUGCAACUCUGCAAACUCUUAUGGCUCCAAUCUCUGAUCAUACUCCUCUUUUGCUUCAAUUGGACCCUGUUCCCUGGCGCACACCACACUACUCCUUUCGUUUCAACAAUUCCUGGCUUCUGGAACCGGAGCUCAUCAAUCUCAUUCAAAAUAAUUGGGGAUUCUAUACUUCCUCUAAUAUUAUUACCAAAUUCAACUACUGUGUGGAAGAUAUCUCAACUUGGAGCCGAGAAGCUGCACCAAAUUACAGACAUCUAAUCCGGAAACAACGCGAAAAAAAUAGAAGAGUUCCGCAAUGCUAUACGGACACUAAUAGCAAGUUCUUCCAUGCCUCUGCUUCGGCCAGGAAAAGGAAAAAUACUAUUACGCAACUGCGUGACUCUUCAGGUAAUUGGAUCACUUCGCAAGAGGAUCUUUGCGCCCUUGUUCGUGAUUACUUCACCUCCAUAUUCUCUUCACAACAUGGAGAUUAUCAUAGCAUCAUUUCCUCGGUCCACUCAAGGGUAACAGAUGACGACAAUACCUUGCUCACCCGGCCUUUCUCUGAAAUUGAAUUCAAGGAAACAAUUUUUAGCAUGCAUCCAGAUAAGUCUCCCGACCCUGAUGGACUUAAUCCAGCUUCCCUUGAGCCUAGCUCUUUGCCCAUAGAACUUAACGCCACGAAUAUUGUUCUAGCGCCCAAGAUAGACACCCCUGAAACUAUGAAGGACCUCCGUCCUAUAUCCUUAUGCAAUGUGCUCUACAAAGUAAUCUCCAAGGUACUCGCCAACCGCCUCCGUCCUCUCAUUAACAAAUGGAUCUCACCAGAACAGUCUGCCUUUGUUCACUCUCGUUCUAUCAUGGAUAACGCUUUAACAACAUUUGAGACUCUCCACCAUAUGCGUUGCAAAAGGAAAGGAAAAAUUGGUGAAGUUGCUUUGAAGUUAGACAUCUCUAAGGCUUUUGACAGUGUAAGUUGGUCCUACCUUGAAGCUAUUCUUUCCAAGAUGGGGUUUAAUGCUAAAUGGAUUUCUUGGAUGAUGAUGUGUAUUACCUCUGUCGAGUACCACAUCAUUUUUAAUGGUGAUCGCAUCGGUCCUAUUACUCCCCAACGUGGUCUGCGCCAAGGAUGUCCCCUCUCUCCUUAUCUCUACAUUUUAUGUGCCGAGGGUCUAUCAUCGAUCAUAAAAAAUUAUGAGCUUCGUGGUAAACUACAUGGUUCUCGUGUGUGUCAAACUGCUCCUCCCAUUAGCCACCUCCUAUUUGCUGACGAUAGCUUCCUCUUUUGCAAAGUAACAAUCUCGGAAACACAAAGCCUAAAUGAAGUUCUCUCCCAUUAUGAAUCAGCAUCAGGGCAAGGAAUUAACUAUGGAAAAUCUGCCAUCGCCUUUAGCGCAAAUACGGAUUCUGGUGUUAUCACAAACAUUUCCUCAUUACUUGGUGUUUCUAACACAAUUGGCUCCGGGAAAUACUUAGGCCUUCCGUCUAUGGUUGGUCGUAGUAAGAAAGCAAUCUUCUCUUAUCUUAAGGACCGUAUUUGGAAAAAAUGUCAAGCGUUGAGUGCUCGAUCUCUAUCACGUGCCGGUAAAGAAGUCUUGAUCAAAUCAGUUUCCCAAGCCAUACCUUCUUAUUGUAUGGGUGCCUUCCUUCUCCCUACCUCUCUUUGUGAUGAGAUUGAAAAAAUCAUGAACUCCUUCUAUUGGGAUAAGUUAACUCUCCACAAAAGUUUGGGAGGCCUCGGCUUUCGAAACAUGGAAGCUUUCAAUUUAUCUAUGCUUGGUAAGCAAAGUUGGAAACUCCUUUCAGAUUCGUCUUCUCUACUUACACGAAUUCUCAAAGCUAAAUAUUUCCCGCGAAGGGAUUUCUUGGAUGCCCCUCUCGGCCAUAAUCCAAGCUACACCUGGAGAAGCCUAUGGAGUGCACAACAUUUACUUACCUUGGGACAUAGAUGGAAGAUUGGUUAUGGUUCAAGAAUUAAAGUGUGGAGCACGCCUUGGCUGCGAGACCUUCCGACCCUUAAACCAUCUACUCCUCCUCCACCAAAUUUUGAGGAUUUAACUAUUAACCACUUAAUGCUACCGGACCUCUCUUCUUGGAAUUAUAACCUCGUCCAAUCAUUGUUUAAUCCUAGCGAUGUUGUUGCAAUAUUAUCUACUCCACUCUAUAAUAGACGUAGAGAAGAUACUUGCAUUUGGAAGGCUACGGUUGACGGAUCCUACUCCGUUAAAACGGCCUACCGCAUCUGCACCGACAUUCUUAGUGAAGUAUCGCCGCAACCGAACUCAACACAAUGGCAGCUCCUUUGGCGCCUUCGUGUCCCUCCUAGAGUACGAGCCUUCCUUUGGCGCGCAGCUCACCAUUGUCUACCUACAAGAGACAAUCUAUCCAAGCGUGGUAUCCCUUGUUUAGAAACUUGUGUAUCUUGUGAUCUUCUGGCUGAAUCCCAUAUGCACUUAUUCUUUGUUUGUCAUAAAGCAAUUGCUUGCUGGGACCUCCUUGGCAUAGGUAGCAUUAUUCAAGAUUUACUCUACGGGGCCGAUUCAUUUCAACAAAUGCUUUUUGACUUGUUGCAUAAACUUCAUGAUCAUCAAAGACCAUUAGCAGCUCUUAUCAUUUGGAGCUUGUGGAAGAGUAGAAACUUGUUACUUUGGGAAGACAACGGCACUACUCCAUCUCUCACAGUAACUCGCGCCCAAGAAGUGCUUCAUGAAUGGAGUUGUGUUCAAAAGGCCAAACAUCCAGAUCACCGCGUCGAGCAACACCCUACCUGGGAAAAGCCUCCUCACGGCACAAUCAAGUGCAAUGUCGACGCAACCCUUCUCAAUGGUAACUCGGUAAUGUGUUAUGGUUUAUGCUUCCGCGACUCUUCUGGAAACCUUCUCUUCGGCAAGUCAGACUUCAAACUUUUGUCGGCUACUGUUUUGGAAGCUGAAGCUAUAGGUCUCUUGGAAUCUCUCAAAAUGGCCAUCUCCAAAGACCUUCGCCAUGUUGCAUUUGAAACAGAUAAUAAAAUUUUGUGUCGUUUGUUAGGAGGCAAGCAAAUAGUGUGGCUCAUAACAUUGCAAGAGCUGCAAUAA